CUCGACUCCGCGAAGCCUAUUUCUCGAAUUCUCUCUCUACGCCUUCCCUCCGACAUGUAGUAACUAGCCACCGAUUCGUUUCAUCACCCUUCACCGAAAAAAAACCCUAAUAAGUUGUGACUUGUUAGCGAUUACAGAUAUUCAAAUCGUGUCAUUUCAGUCGUGACCUAAUAGGAUCGUUUUUCUUCUUUGGCAUAUAAUACUCGUCGCUCCGAAUUGAGAAUCCUCCAAAAAGCAAAAUUAAUAUCAAAACUUCUUUCUGAUUCAAAAUCUCAUGAUGAAUCAUCCUAUUCUGUUACCGUUUUUUGUCUGUGCAUUGUUUUUCUUCUUCCUGUUGUUCACUCAAGGAGCGAAAACCGUCGACCCGUACAAGGUUCUUGGGGUUGAGCGAAAUGCAAGCCAACGUGAAAUUCAGAAAGCUUUCCACAAGCUUUCUCUCCAAUACCACCCUGAUAAGAACAAAAAUAAGGGUGCACAUGAGAAAUUUGCAGAGAUUAAUAAUGCAUAUGAAAUUCUGUCGGAUGAAGAGAAGAGGAAGAAUUAUGAUCUCUAUGGGGACGAGAAGGGCAGCCCCAGAUUUGAUACUGGUAAUCCUGGGGAUCAUGGGGGAUAUACCUUUUUCACAAGUGGUGGGCAAGGAAAUAACCGUUUUACUUUUAGGCCAGAUGAGUGGCAAAGUAUGGGUGGCCAAGGACAAUCCAAGUCAUUCUCAUUUUCCUUUGGAAAGCCCAGUGCAAGUCAGAGUUCAUUUAGUUUUGGUUUUGAUGAUCUCUUCGCCAAUUUCUUUAGGGGUGGUAUGACAGGUGGUAGCCAUUUCAGUGGUUUUAGUGGCUCAACAGGAUCACAAUCUGAGCCAAGGAGUUCACCUAAGAGCAUCCAGAUUAUAAAUUCACAACUGUUUAAGAAAGAAAUAACAGACCAGGGAAUUACCUGGCUUUUGUUAUUUUACAGACCUACAGAGAAUAAACAGCAGUAUUAUGAAUCUAUCUUAGAGGAAUCUGCCAUGUCGCUAAAAGGAGCCUUGAAGGUUGGUAGCAUAAAUUGUCAAACUGAACUCUCUCUCUGUAAGGAUCUUGGUAUAGCAGUUACCACAGCACCCCGGGCUUUUGUUUAUUCAUAUACCACAAAUGACAAAGGCUCCUUGUUAGAGUAUAAAGGUGAUUGGGAUAUCAAAAGUUUGAAAACCUUCUGUCUAGAUCACUUGCCAAGGUUUUCAAGACGGGUUGACUUAAAUAAUUUUGAUGUUUCCUCAAGAACUGUUGAAAACCUUCCUCGGGUACUCCUGCUCUCUACAAAGAGAGAUACUCCUGUAAUAUGGCGUGUACUCAGUGGUUUACAUCGCAAGCGCAUUAUCUUCUAUGAUUCACAGGUGCAUGAUGUUUCUGAUCCAAUGGUGAAGAAGUUAGGAGUUGAUGCACUUCCUGCUAUUGUUGGUUGGCUCUCAAAUGGGGAGAAGCACAUCUUGAAAAAAGGAAUUCAUGUCAAAGAUUUAGAAUCUACAAUUCGUGAUUUGAGUGUGCUACUUGAUGCAUUUGAGAAAAAGAACAAGAAGACAACCUCUGGUCAGGGAAAAAAGCCACAAACUGAACAGCAGGAGAAACAGAUACCUCUGCUUAUGAGUUCAAAUUCUGAUACUUCUUGUGGAGAAAAAACACCUGUCUGCAUUAUAGGUGCUUUCAGAUCAUCCAAAGCAAGGGGCCAGCUUGAAACCAUCCUCUCUACUGUCUCUCAGAAAACCCUAACAAGGAGGCAGAACCAAUUCUCCAGCACUGGCGAUGCUGUAUCCUACUCUCUGUUGGAUGCUACCAAACAGUCAGCAUUCCUCGACUCCUUUGACAAGUCCGGAUUCAAGUCUUUGGACAAACUUCUGGUGGCAUACAAGCCCCGGAAAGGAAAAUUUGCAUUGUUCACCAAUGAAAUGACCAUGGAAGAAGUGGAGAAGUUUAUCGGCUCCAUUCUUAACGGGGACAUACCAUUCAAGAAGAUACGACAAAAGCCAGUUCUCAAGUGAUUAGAAGAGAACGGAAUAUGACAGAUGUGAUGUGCCGGCGGUGACAUGUUUGUACAAAGUUGCGCAAUUUUAUGCAGCAUUAUACUGAUUUAGGCCCAGUUACCGAAUUGGUGGUUUUCUUUGGAAGCCUGUGAGUUGUAUGAUCUGUCACAAAUACUGUAGUGUAGUAGCAGAGAUCUGUGUACAGUGAGCUUGGAGUAAUCCGUGACAGUGCUUAAAGAAAAUUUGGUUGCGACAUCUUAAAAUACAUGGAUGUGGCCGUACAUCUUAAAAAAGUUCAUAGAUAUUUUAACCGUGUACAUUUGUAACUUGCUAGAACAAAUUUUGUAGCAUCCUUUUUAUGAUUUUUUUCCUAAUGAAAUUAUGACUUCUGGAGACCGAGGAUUGUC